UUCAGGUUCUUAUUUCAAAAUUUUGUAUUUAUAGGCUCUGAUUAAAAUAUAUAGUUAAAAAUAAAUUUUGUAAUUACUAAACCAUUAAUAAAUAUGGCGAUUGUUAAAUGGCUUCAGGUUAGACCUGAAGGCGAAAUAGGUACAGUUGAUUUCUUAAGAAAUAAAGAUUUAAUUCCUAUGGGUCCUCAUAGACGUUUAUGGGGGUUUUUCUCAUUUGUGAGUUAUUGGGCAGUUUCUGAAUGUUGUAUUUCAACGUGGUCAGGUGCUGCUUCAUUGUUAUCUAUUGGUUUAAAUGUGGGAGAAACUAUGGGUAUAGUUUUAGUCGGAAAUUGUAUUAUUGCAUCAUUAGCAAUCUUCAAUUCCGCUCCAGGAUAUUAUUACCAUGUUGGAUUUACCGUUUCGCAAAGGCUUAUUUUCGGUAUUAAAGGAAGUUAUUUUGGAAUCGCAAUCAGAACAAUUUUAAGUAUUGUGUGGUAUGCCAGUCAAGCAUGGAUGGGUGGAUUAUGUUUGGGUCUAAUUUUUAGUUCAUGGUCAGAAAGCUACUUGAAUAUGAAAAAUACUUUCCCAGCUUCUGUUAAUAUGUCUACUAGAGAUUUAAUUUCUUUCUUAAUUUUUCAAUUAAUUUCCAUUCCAUUAUUAUGCGUGAAACCAGAGAAAUUAAGUCCAUUACUUAAAUUCUCAUCUGCAGCUACAUUUUUUGGAAUGCUUGGUACAUUUAUUUGGCUGAUCAGCCACAAUGGAGGUGUCGGUCCAUUAUUCUCGGCAAAAUCAACUUUUAGUUCUAGAUCAGACCAUGCUUGGGCAUGGAUUUAUGGUAUAACUUCAUGGUAUGGAUCUUUAUCGGCUGGUGUUACAAAUCAAUGCGAUUUCACAAGAUUUUCAAGAACUAAAUGGAUUAGUAUUGCACCAACUGUUGUUGGUGUUGUCGCUUUAGGUACAAUUGUACCAUUAUUUGGUAUUUUUUCUGCUUCAGCUACUACUGAAUUAUACGGUGAAGCUAUUUGGAUGCCAAAUAAAAUUGCCGAGCAAUGGUUAAUUGAUGAUUACAGUCCAAAAUCAAGAGCUGGAGCUUUCUUUGCUGGAAUUUGUUUUCUUGCAUCCCAACUUGCAUUAAAUUUAAUUGGUAAUGGUAUGGCUGGUGGUAUGGAUAUGGCUGGUUUAUUUCCAAAAUACAUUAAUAUUAGGAGAGGUGCUAUUAUAACUUCAUUACUUUCUUGGGUCAUCCAACCAUGGUUAUUCUAUAAUACUUCAUCCACUUUUGUUACUGUUAUGUCAUCUUUUUCUGUUUUCAUGUCGCCAAUUAUUGGAAUUCUUGUGUCUGAAUUCUGGGUAGUGAGAAAGACAAAAUUAAAACUUUCUGAUUUAUACACUUUCAAUCCAGAUGGUAAUUUUUGGUAUUGGAAAGGGGUUAAUAUUAAAACAUUUGUUGUAUUUUUUAUCGCUUCUACUCCAGGCCUUCCUGGUUUAAUUCAUGGAGCUAAUCCUUCAAUUUCAAUGAGUACUGGUAUACUUAAUUAUUAUCAAGGUAAUUGUAUGUUUGGAUUUGCAAUUGCUUUUAGUUUAAAUGUUGCUGCAAAUUAUGUAUUCCCUCCUAAGAAUAUAUUUGACAUGGAUACUGCAGAUAAGUUUGACACAUACACUGCUGAAGAAUGUUCCCAAUUGGGACUUACACCAUACUCUGAAAUAACUCCAGAAAGUGAUACUGAUAUACUGUAUGAAAAUUUGGUUGUUACUGAAAAGAAUAUUGUUAAAGAAGAAGUUUAGUUAGGUUAUAAAGUCUAAUAAGAAUUCUAAUAGAUC